AUGGAUCCGGAGAAAGGGCUUGGCAAGGAUAAAGGAGAGUCCGGUCCGAUAGAGGCCCGCGAUAUGACCUCGCGCGAGGGCUCUCUUGAGAAAGAAAAGAGUCCGCGCCGGCGUAGCUGUCAAAGCCGCGCGUCAAAUGCUUCCGACGACAGCGAUCCUUUAUCGCCACUUGAAUUGGCGCUUUCGCCUGGCCAGGAAACAUUCGAAGAAGUUGCUCGCAUACAAACCACUACUAGUAUCGGGAGCUCGGCGUCGCGUCCGCCGGAUUUCGAGGUCGUGUUUGAUGAGGACGACCCGGAAAAUCCACGGAAUUGGCCGUCAUGGUACAGGGGUUUGAUCGUCUUCUCUAUCUCGUUUACUUCCUGGGUCGUCGUAUUCUAUAGUACUAGCUAUAGUGCCGCCAUACCUGGCCUGGUGGAGGAGUUUGGUGUUUCCACCACAGUCGCGACGCUUGGCAUCACCACUUACCUACUCGGCCUUGCGGCGGGUAGUCUGCUCGUCGCGCCGGUGAGCGAGCUGUAUGGUCGCCGACCCGUGUACAUUGGCUGCAUGAUAUGCUUCACAAUUCUGAUUAUACCAUGUUGCGUAGCGACGUCGUUGACCGAAAUCAUAGUGGUUAGAUUCUUUGGGGCAAUGUUCGGUGCUUGCAUGGUUACCAAUAGCGCAGGUACAGUCGUCGAUAUAUCAACUGAACAAACUCGGCUCCUAACCAGUGCCAUGAUCCUAAGCCUGUGGUCAAUCGCACCUUUGAAUGGGCCUGUCACCGGACCAGUAAUUGGCGGAUUCGUAUACCAAUACCUCGGCUGGCGAUGGGACAACUGGCUCGUCCUAAUCCUAGCCGGUGUCGGCACAGCGACCAUGCUAUUCCCCAAGGAAACUUACGCGCCGAUGAUUCUUAAAGCGAAGACGGCGCGCUUACGCAAGGAAACCGACGAUGAGCGAUGGUGGUGUCGCUACGAUGUGAAGCUGUCCACGGCCGCGCUGGUAAAAGUUAGCAUGCUGCGCCCGUUUGCGUUGUCCUUCACAGAGCCCAUCCUGUGGUUCUUCAACGUCUGGAUUUCUCUCAUAUACGGAAUCCUCUACUUAUGCUUCGUCGCCUAUCCCAUCGUAUUCUCCCAGCAUCGCGGCUGGAGCCCGGGUAUCUCUGGGCUAGCAUUCGUCGGUAUAGGAGUCGGAUCCAUGAUCGCGAUUCUCGGCGAGCCUUUCUGGCGCAAGAUCAUCAACUCGCACCCGAAAGACCCCUUAACCGGCAGGGUGCCCCCAGAAGCAACCGCGCGUGUAAUGAUUAUCGGAAGUAUCUUAGUCCCCGUAGGCCAGCUCGUUUUCAGCUGGACAUGUCUCCCCGGGACGAUUCAUUGGGCGGUCCCCAUCGCCUUCGGCAUCCCUUUUGGAUGCGGAAAUGCUCUUAGCUUUAUAUACGGCUCUAACUACCUAGCCGGCGCCUAUGGAAUUUACGCCGCUUCGGCGUUAGCAGGGAAUGCAGUCACGCGUUCUAUUUUCGGUGCCACCCUCCCUCUAGCCGGCCCUUCCAUGUACUCGACCCUCUCACCACAAUGGGCCGGCACGCUUCUCGGGCUAUUAGAAGCAGCGAUGAUCCCAAUUCCCCUCGUCUUCUACCGCUACGGCGAGAGAAUCCGCGCGAAGAGCCCGAUUAUCCGACAGAUGAGGGAAGACCAGGAGAAGAACGAGCUUCGAGCCGAGAAGGCGCAAAGAAGGAAAGCGAGACGCGCAGAAAAUGCGGGAAAGUCGACAUCGGUGAAAGUUGGGGGUAAAACGGGGGCGGAAGACUUGGAGAAAGGCGUUGCUGGGCCAAGUGCUGCGGAUGCGCCACCGGCAGCGAAAGAUGAGACAACUGUGUGA